AUGACAGAAUGGCUUCAAAUAGAGGCUCUCACUACCUAUACGCUCAUAAUGACACUGACGGUAUCCAUGGAGGACAUGGAACUGUUUCCAAAAGACUCACGUCUGAACACAAAACCCCAAUCUGUUCAUAUUGACCUGCCCACUUUUACACAGAUGCACGCGUCCUUGGAUCGUCUCUGGUGGUCACGUCUGGUUAUUUCUUUUGUUGCCGAUCUCGACGCAGUUGUCACCUAUCCGCUAAUCAACGAAACACUUCUAGCACUCAGCUCUUCUAGACAAACACAGAAUCCAUUCUUCGACAAACAAGUGGAAUCGUCAUUCACACGAGUUUUUGGACAACCUAACGACGCAACCUAUCGCGUUGCAAAUGGUUAG